AUGGGCAUCGUUAAGGUCAAUGUUAGGAGGAAAGAGGGAGAUCAUUAUGUCCAGCAAAGCUCUCCCAUAGCUGCUAUCCACGAUCAUGAACACGCAGAGAGGAUUAUCCCAGAAAGGAAGCAUUUUGACGAUUCCGAGGUUGACUUUGAGGUCGCUGACGUGGACUGUGAGCUCAUCAAGAUCAGAGAUCAGAUAUGCAGCGUGCCCUACGAUUUGUAUGACCUAGCUAACCUGAAAGAGGUGCUAUCCCUGGAGACUUGGAACUCGUGCUUAAGUGAAGAAGAAAGGUUCUCUCUCACAGCUUAUCUCCCCAACGUUGACCAAGAAACCUUCUGGCUGACAAUAAGGGAGCUACUCGGUGGAGAGGACGUCUUCUUUGGGAGCCCUCUUGAUGUCUUCUUCCAGAGACUGAAAGGCGGGUUGUACUCUCCGAGGGUGUCGCAGAGCAGAGAAGCCCUUCAGUUCGUACACCGAUGUGGUCAUUACCAUUCACUGAGAUUGUACCAUGAGAAAAUGGCUCAGACAUUCAUCAGCAUGCAGAAAGCCUGGAGAGAGUGCCUACCCAGCACCACUGCCGAGGAAAGGAUUGACAUAUGGAACAGGCAGAAAGCUCCUGCAAAGCCCGUUUAUAUGGUCGAUCUGAACGCAUUGCCCGCCGACGAAGAAGCCCCGCUGGCGGGGGACCGAAACAUGUCUUCCCCUCCACUGUCAAAGAAGACGACGAGCUCUGCCGAUGACAGAGUCAUCAGGGAUACCCAAUUCUCCCCCGCCAUUUAUGGUGGUUCAGCAGCUUCAUUUCCUAGGAUGAAGCCAAAGGGGGUGCUCAAGAUCAGGUCGGCCUCAAGAAUUUCAGAACCAGGCACAACAAACCAAUCACUGCCAUGUGAUUCAUGGGGAAAGCUUAGGAUGCAGCCGAAGGGGGUUUUGAAGAUAAGACCCAGGAGUGAUCCUCUGCUGAAACCCUGGGACCCAAUGCCUGUUGAAUCAUCUGGGUUUCCGGCAUUUAGCUUUUCUCCUCAGCAAUCUGUGUUCGAUCUGACUAACAUCUGUAAUGAAUCUCCAUUACCCUACCAGAGAUACAAAUAUGGGCCUUUCAGUGAGAGCGGUGAGCUGCCUCUACUGGUAAGAGAGUCACUGAACAGAGAUGCCGGGCCCUUCAGUGACCUACCCAGAAGAAAGCUGCGGAAAGUGGGGUUUCAUAGUGAGGAAGAAGGCCAUUUCUUCCCCCUGAAGAAUCUCCGAAAAUCGCAGGUUGACCCUCAUAAGCUUGACGACAUCGGAGACCAGUGGGCCAUGGGACUUCCCUUGAGCUCCAAAGAGGAGAGGACGCCGAUGCCAUCACUGGCUUCAGGAACCCUUCAGAAAAUCUCAGCUGUCGACACAGAAGACAGUGAAGCCUUCGAUCGGCCAGAGCAUCGACGAAGAGAAAACAGUGGAAAAGUGCCUCUGAAAAUGCCGUCCGACCCCCCGUUGACUUACCAGAGGAAGAAGGGCCCUUCAAAGCACACCGUAUUGAAGCCUCUCCGCUACCAGCCGGCUGGAACAGCUGAUCUGAAGAUGGGCUUGGCAAAGGGGGGAGAUAGAAAUCGGAUGGAAGAGACAAAAUCCAUGAAGAUAAAACUGAAGAUGUGGAACGCUCCUGAUAACCAAUAUAAGCAGGGACUUUUGAACAGCCUCUGA